CAAGGAGAGGAGAAGUCCAAUUUGAAGAGGCGGGUACGAGCUGGGAUAUGUAGUCAAUGCUGAAGGACGGUCUGACAGCUGCUAUCAGCAGCGUGCUGUACAACAAUAUCGCUAUGGAGUAUCCAAGCCGUGUACUCAUUUCUCAGUGAACUCACAGAGUAGCCGGCUAGCUCUCAUGUCAAUGGGUUGUAGAGCACACUGAAACGCGAAUCGGUCAAACUGUGGCGCAGCUAUUGCUGUGGCGUUUGCUCUUGCUCGCUCUCGCUCUCGAUGUUGCGUCACUGGCACGCACCAAGACCAUAAGAUCUUGUUCGUAUGGUGUGUUCGCAACUUCUCCCACCAUUCUCCUCCAAGAAACAAUGCGAAAUGUCGAAACAAUCUUCCUCCACCUUCUCGACUUCCAGCUACAGCUACUCAAGCUCAAGCAGUAGCAGCACCUCGGAAGGGGUCACUACGGGUUCGCGCUCGGCGCAACAUGUCUAUACCGACUCUGAAGGCAACACAACUGUAAAGACGGCCAAUCAAAAUCUCGGAGAACCAGUGAUCCAAGACACUCGUCACUUCGAUUCCAGUGGACAAGAGAGAGUCGGUGCUUUGGGAAGUUCUGGUGCAACUACUAGUCGCAGGAUCGAAGACGUCAGCGAUGAGGAUCAGGCCAGGAGAGAUCGAGAGUACGAAGAGCGUAUGGAGGAUGAGUGAGUGUAGCCUGAGCCGGAAUACAAUUCUCCAUGCUGACUU